AUGUCGAGACUCAAGACGUUUGGCGCGAUCGUCGCGGCUCUGCACGGCCUCGUGUUGCUCGGCUCGAUCGCGCCCGCGAGCGCCUCGCGGGUCUUAUCGCUUCGACGCGACAUCGGUGACAAGGACCUGCUGUACAACGGCGAGAACUCCGUCGAGAGUAUCACCACCGUUUAUUACGGCGCGUGGGACAGAAUCUUCGAUAUCGCGCAGCUGGGGUACAAGCAAGGCUUGGUACGCCGCGUGCAGGCGAGUUUCUCGGGUGUCGAACCGAAGGAGGACGAGUGCAUGGUCUCGAUGAACUCCCAUUCAGAUCAGUACGGUGGCUACAUCAGUCCGGAUCACGUUAAAGUCGAGUCUCUGGGCAAGGACCGAGCGAUCGUUCGUUGGGUCGAGCUGCACGGUGGUGGAAGGUAUCACUUGCAUUUCAGCAUCGUCGAUUUUUCCAAUUGUGAAAAUGAAAGAGAGACCCGAACCGAACUUCCGGAAGGCAAAGAUAUCGACAAGCUGGUCGAUAAGUAUGUGAAAGGAGAGGACGAUUUCGAAGUUGUGAUGUUGAACGGGACGAGCGUUUCUAGAUUAACGGUCGAUGCCCAAGGAGUUGCUUCGAAAAUUGAUACAUUGCUGACUUACCAGAGCGACGGCCACAACGAGCCACGUAUCUUUCCGCUGGCAAAGGGCGAGGGCUAUUUGUUUAUAGAAGUGCCACCUCACUCGUCGACCGAAAAAGAUUCAAUGACAGUAUCUCAUAUUAAGCCUGACGGUCAAAAGCAAUACUUAACUGCAAUCAAUGAAGCGUACUUUCCUUCGGUAUCCUUGGCCAACGGAUUGAUCGGCAUAUGCGCUCUGCGAAACGUCACGACGAUGAAAUGCACGCAAUUCAAACUCGGCGACAAAGACAUCAGUUGGUUCUCGGCCAGUCUCCCGAACACGGAAUUAUCUUGGUCGGAACGAGUCGUAUACAAUUUGCCGAGAGGCGAGGGAUUUCUGACUCACGUUCGCGGCAACGAGGGCCUGGAAAAAUCCUCGCUCGAUAGCAUAAGCGACAAGUACCUGGUGAAGAUCGGUUUGGACGGGAAAGCCAAACAAUUCCUGGAUGCCGAAAUGAGGUGUCGGUACGUGUCUCCCGGAGUCCAAGAGACCGGCGUGCUCAAAAUUUCCGAGGACGAGCGAGGCAAUUACUGCCUGAGCACCGUCUGCGUGAAGCGCAUUAUAGACUCUACUCCAGAUGCGGAGAACUUCAAAGAAUUAGUAGCCACUGCGGUCAACGAAAAUAAAAAUCUUUAUGUAAAAUUACACUCCAAGUGCUUCGAGCCGAACGAUUUUACAAAUAUUUCAAAAUAA